AUGAUUGGUCCCGAAGCAGAGAAUAAGAUCUAUACGCAAAGCUUCCGUCGCUCGCAAAAAGGGCACGCCAUUUGGCCGAAAGCCUAUUCAAAAUAUCUUCAACCAGGGUGCUGUGGGUAUGUUGAUGGAUAUGGUAACUUUGUUAAAAUGGUGCAGUUGACCGACCCCGCUGCCAUCAAUAAUCUCAGUCUUGAUCCAUUGGAUGGCAUCGAGAUCGUGGAUGACGGCGGCGGAACCUUUUGGGAUGCAAAGACUUUAAAUCAGAUAGUCGCAGCAGCGGUCAAUUUGGAUGCCCAAGCUUUGUAA